AUGGUAUGUUUUCGGAAACUCUUCAUUGUAUUUGCUUUGGUUGCCGCUGCUGCCGCAACACACCUCAGCAACGAAUACUUGCCUCCCAAGGUUGGCGGUGCUGUUGAAUCGUAUGCCGUGGAAACUGCUUCGGCUCCAGUCUCUUAUGCCGCUCCAGCUGCUGUCGAAAGCUAUCAAGUUGAAGAAGCUGCCCCAGCCCAUACCUUCUCUGAUGCCGAUGGCUACCGUUACAAGACCUUGCGUCGCCGCGUCAUCCGUCGCCAACGUCGUGAUGUCUCCAACGAAUAUUUGCCUCCUGUAGCUGUCUCUGAAUCGGUUCCCGAAUAUGUUAACACUGCCCCCACUCAAAGCUUUGAAACUGUUGAAGCUGCUCCCGCCCACACUUUCUCUGAUGCUGAGGGAUACCGCUACAAGACCCAUCGUCGCCGUGUUAUUCGUCGUCAACGUCGUGAUGUUUCCAACGAAUACUUGCCACCUGUAGCUACCAACAAUGCUGCUCAAGUUGCCACCUCAUACUCUGGCCCAGCUGUUGCCACUUCAUACUCUGCUCCCGCUGUUGCUACUUCAUACUCUGCCCCAGCUCCAGCUGUCCAAACCUAUGAAGUCGAAUCUGCUGCUCCCGCUCACACCUUCUCCCAAGCCGAUGGUUACCGUUACAAGACUCAACGUCGUCGCGUUAUUCGUCGUAACUAAAUUAAAGACUUACUAAUAUUGCA